AUGGUAUGGGUGAGAGGAGCCACCGUUGGUCGGGGCAGCUUCGCUACCGUUAGCCUCGCCUUCGUCCACGACGGCGGUGAGAGCCAACUCCCGAAGCUGAUGGCCGUCAAGUCCGCCCCCCUCUCCCAAUCCUCCUUCCUCCAGCACGAGGAGUCCAUCCUCACCCGCCUCCAGCACUGCCCCUACAUCAUCCGAUGCUUCAGCCACGACCUCGCGGCCGGCUUCGACGCCAGAGAGCAGUCCUACAAUCUCUUCCUCGAGUACGCCUCCGGUGGCACGCUCUCCGACCUCGUUCGACGCUCCGGCGGUUCUUUCCCGGAGACCACGGUGCGGCGCUUCACGCGCUCUCUUCUCGAGGGGCUCCGCUCCAUCCACGCCGAAGGAUACGUCCAUUGCGACAUCAAGCUCCAGAACAUACUGGUGCAGAGCGAUGGCGACGUUAGAAUCGCCGACUUUGGACUGGCGAAGAAGACCGGAGAUAAGGUCGACGAUUGCCCCCGCCUCCGGGGGACCCCUAUUUAUAUGUCUCCGGAGUCGGUGACACGUAACGAGUACGAAGAGCCGGCGGAUAUUUGGUCGCUCGGGUGCGCGGUGGCGGAGAUGGCGUCGGGUAGGCCCGCGUGGAGGUUCUCCGGGGAUGGGGACGUGUGGGCUUUGCUGCUGCGGAUUGGAUUUGGUGACGAGCUGCCGGAGAUCCCUGCGGAGCUGUCGGACGAGGGGAAGGAUUUCUUGCGCCGGUGCUUCGCCAAGGAUACUGAGAAGCGGUGGACGGCAGAGAUGCUGCUAGGUCACCCCUUUGUUGCUGACUCCAGAAGUUUUGACGACGACGACGACGCCGAAUGCUGCACCCCUGUACGUUCUUCUCCAAAGGGCAUACUCGAUUUCUCGCAGUGGGUAUCACCGGCGUCUCCCUCGCUGUCCACCUGCGCUGCUGCUUCACUGGAGUCUCUGACUCCAUCGCCGGGUGGUUGCUGUUAUGCUUCUCCGACGGAGCGGAUCGGUGAUCUAGCGACAGGGCAGGGGCGUCCCGAAUGGUCCUGUUUUUCGUCAGUAGGUUUCUGGAUCGACGUGAGGCAAGUAGGUUUUGUUCCUAAAUUAGAGGAUUCAUCAUAG